GGGGCUUAAGUGGGCUAAGUUCCACUACAAAAUUUUUCUUUCAAACAUUCCUCGUGCAAAAUUAUUUUGGAAUCAGCGAGAACUUUUCAUUUUAUUAAAAUGGUGAAGUCUGUUAAUCCCCUGUCUUUUGUGCGCGGCAUUUACAACAACGAGUUCCAAUGGAUGCUGGUCAAGAGCUACGCCCUCUUCUUUUUGGGUGUCCGUGUGGCCAAGGAGUUGGUGGGCCUGGAACUGAUGCCCGCCGUGGGACCAGCGUAGAUACUGACAUGAAAACAAAACUGUGUGCGCCGUGUACAAAUAAGGCAGUUAAAGUUAACUAGUUUAAUAAAAACAGGGGAGAACGACUAUGUA